UCCUGCUUCCACUGCACCUUCCCAUCAUGUCCACCAACUUCACUUUGGUUCCUCUGUGUGUUGACUUUACCUCUCCAGGAGACUAUUUUCUCUUCGUUUUCCACGUCAUGUCGGGGAUCAGCACUGUGCUCGUAGCGGGCUCUGUGGUGUGCGGCAUCAUUUCCACCCGGGCUCUUUUAGUGCAGCACCGCUUUAUAUUUAUGCUGAACACCAGCAUUUCUGACACGCUGACAGGCUGUGGCAUUUUCUAUCAGUUUCUUUUCGAUGUGAGGGAGGACUAUCCUUCCAAAAACGGGACGUUUUAUAUUUUGCCCUCUCUACUGGGGGUUAAUAUCAUGACGUUUUUAUUCGCGCAGUUUGAUCGGUAUUUUGCUGUUUGCCAUCCGUUCUUUUACGCUCGUUUUAUCUCCACAAAAGUUGUCGUCUGUGUGACCAUUUAUAGUUGGGUGCAUGUUUACGGCCUUUUGGCCAUCCAGCGCAUGGUCCCAUUGUCGAAAGCUUUGGACAUUGCAGUUUAUAGCAGAAUAAGCAUCUUUGUAAUUAUUAUCUCCAAAGUGUCAAUGACUAUUAAGCUUCUUUUCGUGGUCAGAUUCCAGCUUCUCCGGGAGCCUCCAGGCCCGGAGAGAGACAGUAAGAAAGAGUCUCUGUUGAUCAUAAUAGUGGUGGUUGUGUUUUUCCUGCUCUUCUGGGGCCCCAGCAUGUCCUAUACGAUUCUGUCAUCGCUGACUGGGAAGCACGUUACUUUUAAAAACGAUGCAAACAAUCCAAUGAAAAUCCUGUCCAGGAGCAACGCGCUUUGCACUCCGUGUCUUUACCUGUGGGCGAGUCCCGCGCUCCGAGCGGCCGCGUGGAAAAGUGUGUGGAGGAAAAUCUGCAAACCACGAAMAUGGUCUAUUAAGGUUUCGAAGGUUUGAGCUUUCGGACUUCCACACAGGUUUGUAGUUUCUCAUUUUAAAUUCAUGUCUGUUGAAAUAUAUAUUUGUAUAGUUAUUAUUUUAUGCCAACCUUUACGUGACAACAACGGACUUUACAAACUUUCACCCAACAUCAUUGAAGCUUUCUUUUAGUCCCUUUGUCUUGUAGUUGAAAUUAUUCUGCUGCAUACAUGCAUAUUUAUAAAAUUAUGGCAAAAAUGAUCGUUGUUUAAAAAUAAUACUUGCUCUACUGCAAAGAUGAACCACAAACAGGUAGAAGGCAAGGAAAAACAGACAUCAAUACUUGAAGGGUAGUAAAUCUAUACUUUCAGAUUUACCUGAAAAAAGAAUAAAGAAAGUUAAAUAAAGGCCCUAGAAUGAAUUUGCUGCAAAAGAAAGGGAAGGUUUUUUGCAGUAUUUUUUAUUGUUCCCUUCGUUUGUUUAUCUUUAAUUAAAUUGUGCAACAUUUGAAGGAAACUGGUUGAAGAAAGUUACUUAUUCCAAGCCUGCGCUCUCUGCCGUUUCCAAACAUUUCAUUGUAAUGAACUCUUGUUUAGUGUUGUAUGUCUUGAACUGAUCGAAUCUGAAGAAACAAGAUAUAUGAAAUUAACAUUUUUGUUAUUUAUUUAUUUUUUUUAAUUAACAGGAACUUUGUUAAUCUGUGGGAGAUCCACAUACAACCACAACUAUCUGUUUCCUCUUCUUCACCGGUUUGGUCACAAGUCGCUAAAUUGUCCUCUAAAUCUGCAACCAUCAUUUGUUCCAAAUCAGGUCUUUCAUUCACAAGCAGCACACACAAGCUGAUUCCACAAGUUUCCAGUUUUCAGGUUGGAGGUCAAGACCGCCGGGAGGCCAUUCCAUCUCUUCUCAAAUUCUGGACGUAGUCUGUUAUAGAUCCUGAUCUACAAAGGCAUCUUGAAUGGAGUUUGGCCAUACAGAGUUACCACUCAUCAGAAUCUCUUCUCAGUAUCUGAAUAGAAACUGCCUCUAAUGAUGACAAGCCCUGUUUUGUCCAGAAUAAUAUAUGUCGUCCACCAGCAUCACCCUGAAUCCAGCAAAAGUUAUUUAGCAUUGAGGUCGUUGCAAGUUUUCAAUGAAACUAUCCCUGUGGCUCUACUUAUAAGUGCAAUGUUUUUUUUCCCUACAAAUGUUGCCCCUUUUAACAUUUGUACAUGUUUUAUUUGCUACGACAUUAAAAAAAUUAAUCUCUCUCCUCCAGGGAUGACAUUACAUGUAAAUCAAUCUUCUUUAUAUACAAAUGCUAGAUGAGUUCAAUGUAGGCAUUUUUGAAAAAUAAUAAUAAUAAUGAACUAAUCUGAAAACAUUUUUUAUUUGAAAUUUGAGCAAAGUCAUGUCUUAGUAUACUUCUCUCCAGGAACAUCCUAGUAAACAGUAAAUAUUUCUGUAUUUUUGACUAUUCUAACGCUCACACAUUUCCAGUGUUUGAAACACUAAUAACUCUUGGUUUUAAUAGACAAAGACCCCUUUGUAUUUCUAUUAAAACACAGUUUAUAUAUAUAUAU